AUGAAUAAUCAACAUAGGAGAGCCCAAUCCGAGAUCGGACAGAGGGAAAAGGCGAACUUGGCUGCGGUAGAAACUCAGUUCGCCGAUCAGAUCAGGGAAGCACAACGCCAGAGUGAUGAAAGAAGAGCGGAGGCAGAGAGGCCUAGACAACGACAGAAAGACCUCGAAGCUAGCAUUGUGCAAGAGCAGGAGCGAUACGCCGAGAAGGUGAGGGAACUGGAAAGGAGGAGGUUUGAAGUGGAACAGCAACGGGAACAGCGAAACUCCAAUAAAGGGAGUAUUAUUUCAAUACUGGGUGUUCUCGCAGGGCUUGGUACAAUGGCGGCUGGUGUCAUAACUUUGAAUCCUCCUUUGGCCGCUAUGGGCGCCGGUAUGGCCGGUUCAGCGGCAGGAAGUCGCUAG